AGCGGUUUCCCUGGUGAAGGAAAACCAAACCUUAGAAAUUCUAAUAAAAUACCAAAAACGGUAAGAUUUAUAAUAAACGAGAAGAAUUCAUUAAUGGUAGGAAAAUCUAAAAUUUCCAUAUAUAUAUAUAUGCAGUUUAUUCUUAAUCAGCAAGAAAGGAAAGGGUUUAAGAUUCCUAAGACACAGGGGUUUCCUGGUGCAGCAAAGAAAGGGUUAGAAAAUCUAAUAACACACCCAAAAAAGGUUCAAAAUAUUAUUAAAAAAGUAAUAUUGGCAUAUAUUUUCUUAUGUAUAAAUAUCUCACAAAUCACAAUCUUCUCCCACAUUAUUUACUUUCUUCAACAACCCUAUAGUUUCUUCUACGACUAUUCAUCUUUUAGCUAGCUAGCUAGGGAUUGUGAGACAUGUCAAACGCAAAGUAUACUGAUGUGGCAGUGAGGGAAAACUACGAUGAUUUUUUUCCCAACAACAAUGCUCUUGCCCUUAUAGAUGAUAAUGGUGAUCUUAUGUCUAACCCAAAGGAGGGUUCUACAAUUUCAUCAACGGAGAGCCACCGUCUUCAUCACGACACCCCCAUUACUUAUCAUGUCGUGAAGGUGGACGUGGCUGACAAUUCUCUGCCUUAUAGCAUAACAAGGAAGUUGGAGAAAAUUGACGGAGUAAAUUCGGUCUCGGAGGGGCUUUAUGAAAGAAGGAUAGGACGUUGGUGUAUUUCAAAGAUAACAGUUUGUGGCGAUCAUGUAGAUCCAGUCACAAUCAUUCAGAAAAUACUUAGGUAUGCAGAGAUUUUGUCCUACAAAAUAGAAAAGAACCCUUGUGAUGAAGCCUUUAACAACCAUAUUCAGAAUGAAAAACCUGCCGCCGAGGACUUGAAUAAUUUAAAUUCAAAGAUUUCUUAUGCUGCGACGGUCGUUAACUUGUGUUGUCUGGAACGCCUUCACAGAAUAAAGAGAAAGUUGAAGAAACUUGACGGAAUAAAUUGCGUGACAAUGGAUUAUAAUGGGAGGAUAGAAGUUUCUGGUGAUCAUGUAGAUCCAGACACACUAGUAGAGACAAUAGAAAAGUUUGCACAGAUUGAUCCUCACAGAAAGGCCAAGGACAAACGUGUUGCUGCAGCACAAGGAUUCAAGAAAAAUAAAAACGUCCCAUUUGAGGUAAGAAAUUACCAAGAUCUGGUGUUCUCUGAUCGUUUGAUCAUGUAUAUAUGUAAAAAACUAUACAACUCUAGCUUACAUACAUACCUAUAUACGGAAAUUCUCCUAUGCGGAUGUUGCCAAGCAUUUGGUACUGAGUUUCCUCCUACGUUUUUAGUAACACAAUGAACCAGAAGUAGGACCAAACUUAUAGUUAGCAGCACAAACAAAGAAGGAUUUGUGAAUGAGAAAUACAAGUUUCCUAUAUUCAUAGGAAUCAAUGGGAGAAUGGCAAAUUGCUCAAGUGGGCUGUUGGGCGUAUACGGAAAUUCUCCUAUGAGGAUGUCCGGACGUUAUUACCAUGUAUUUU